ACAGCCAGACAGAAUGCUGAAGCUUCUGGUUACCCUUCUGCUUGUGGCCUUUGACUCAGGCUGUGGCAAUCGCACUUACUUCCAUGUCUCCCGUGUGGUGAAUGGAGAGGACGCUGUGCCCCACAGCUGGCCCUGGCAGGUCUCCCUUCAGUACCAGAGUAGUGGUGCCUAUCACCACACCUGUGGGGGAAGCCUCAUUGCAUCUAAGUGGGUCCUGACUGCUGGCCACUGCAUUAACAAAGCUCGCACAUACCGGGUGGUUCUGGGAGACCAUGACCUGUCUGUGGAUGAAGGGACAGAGCAAGUGAUUUCUGUCAAGUCUGAUGACCUCUUUGUUCAUGAGAACUGGAACUCCAACUGUGUGGCCUGUGGGAAUGACAUUGCUCUCAUCAAGCUCUCUCAAAGUGCCCAGCUUAAUGACUACGUCCAAGUGGCCUCUCUCCCCUCAGCUGGUACCCUCCUGGACAAUGACAAAGCCUGCUACAUCACCGGCUGGGGCCGCCUCUACACUAAUGGACCCCUCCCUGACGUACUGCAGCAGGCCGUGCUCCCUGUGGUAGACCACGAACAUUGCAGUCAGCGGGACUGGUGGAGCUCCAGCGUGAAAACCACCAUGGUGUGUGCAGGAGGGGACAUUCGCUCUGGCUGCAACGGUGACUCUGGAGGACCCCUUAACUGCCAGGCUAAUGAUGGCACCUGGAAGGUCCAUGGUGCUACUAGUUUCGUUUCUUCUCUUGGCUGUAACACCCUAAAGAAGCCCACGGUGUUCACCCGAGUCUCAGCCUUCAUUGACUGGAUUGAAAAGAUAAUAGCAGAAAAUUAGAGAGGAGCCAGAGCCGGCUGGAGGAGCCCUUUCAACAGCAGAAAUAAAAACACCUUGGAAAGCUG